CUGCAACUGCAACUUGCAGCAGCAGCAGCAGCAGCAGCAGCAAGACUCUCACCUCGCCUCACGGAUUGGCCUUUUGGGCAGAGCGACCUCGAAACUGUAGUCUACUCUGUGAGUAUUGAGAGACAUUUGCGCCUCGUCAACCUUUGAGGCCCCUCACUAAGCCUGCGUGGGCUCGGCAACGUGAGCUCCGGCUUGCAUUUUUUUUUCGCAACAAGCAACACCACCGAGCAGCAUUUGAUACGAGAGACAUCGCGAAUCACAUCACCCAGCGAUAUUUCAUACCUUCCUUGGAAGACAGGACGCCAACGAGCGCCUCUCCAUGUCCUUGGACUCUUCAUUCCUACACCUCCUCUGUCUCUAGGAGGCCGGUUGCGCCUAGGUUGUUGAAGUGCAGGAAAUCGCAAUGGCGGCCGCGAUAUCAGAAGAGGCUCUCGCCGAGGUCAUCAGAACUCUGAGCCCAGAAGACAUCCCGGCGAAACUGAAAUGCGCCAUCUGCAGUAGAUUGGCUGCGAAUGCCUUCAGGUUGCCCUGCUGCGAACAAACCAUUUGCGAAGACUGCCGGUCAACACUACCUACCUCUUGCCCCGUAUGCGAACACUCGCCGCUUUCGGCCGAAGACGCCAAACCGCACAAGUCUCUACGGACCACCAUCAGAGUCUUCCUCAAGACAUAUUUGAAAAAGCAGCAAGACGCACGCGCCAAGGAGUCAGCCCCUCCUACCCCCAUUGAGUCGACACCAGUGUCUACCACGGCACCACAGCUACCUUUGCCCAGCGAUUCAGCGCUUGAGGAACAGGCCUCCGCACCAGAGCAGCAGCAGCCAGAAGAGCCUGCGCCGGCGGCUGAUGAGCAAGGUGCCAGAGACGAACAUGCAGGAGCCGAGGGUCAAGCGGGAGAAGAAGCUCCCAAGGUAGAAGGUGCUGACUCGGCGGACCACGAAGCCGACCAAGAUGCUACCGAAAACCCUACCGAAAAUGCUGCCGAGGAAGAAGCAGCCGACGGAACGCCUGCCGAAGCGGAGGGCGACGCGGCCGAAAAUCCCCAAGAGACAAAGGACGGCGAAGAGAAUGAAGAAAACGCCGAGGGCGACGAUGUACACCCAAAGCCCGCUGGAGGAUUUGGAUUCGGGAUGAACGGCUUCCCCAUGAACUUUGGCGGUGGCUUCGACCAAAUGCAAAUGAUGAUGGCCAUGCAGAAUGGCUUUCCAAUGAUGGGUAUGCCAGGCAUGAACAUGGAUCCGAUGAGCGCGAUGCAGCAAAUGUACAUGAACGGGGGUUUUUCUGGCAUGGGCAUGAGCGGCAUGAACAUGGGAAUGGGAGGAUUUAGCGGCGCAGGCGGCAAUGAAUCGAAUAAUAACUGGAACGGGCAGCAGUCAUCAUGGAAUGUCGGCCAAGAUAAUUUCAAUCAUCCAAAUGCUUCUGGCAUGGGCAAUGGUGAUUAUGGCUCGUUUAACUCUGGCUCCUUCCAACAAGGCAACUUCAAUUCAGGUAAUUAUGGCAACGGCCAGUUCAAUGACUAUCGCCGGGGUGGAUACGGAUUCCGUGGCGGUAGAGGACGUGGCCGGGGAGGCUACGGUUACGGUGGCGGCUAUGGCGGUCGUGGCGGCUACAACAACGGCUACGGCAACAUGGGCGGCAUGAACGGUCCGAUGGGCAUGGGCGGCAACUAUGGGGGAGACCAGAACUACCCGAACCAACAGUACGGGGCAGGCAUGGGUGGCUCCAUGCACAACGGCGGUUUCCCUGGCGGCAGCGUCAGUGGCGCUUCCCAAGAUGGCAACAACGAGAACAAAGGCGAGGGUGCUGCAAGUGCUGACCCGAACGUGGACGAGUUUGGCCGCUCGUUGCGCGAAGACACUGGAAAGAAGGAGACCGAAGAUGGCGACGCUGCUGCUGAACAAGAUGCUCAAGGAGCUGACGGUGAAGCGAAACCUCCUGCUACUGCUGAGACUGAUGGUGAUGCCGAGAAUGCCACCGCCGCACCCAACGGUGAUGCCACAAACCCCGAUGCCGGCGCCGAAGGUGAUGAAGGAUACGCUCACAAUGGCUACAUGAAUGGCGACCCUGAAGGCAUGUACCCCGGUGAUGGCCCCGGCUUUAUGGGACCUGGCGGUUUCGGCGGCAGCAUGGGCUUCACCAACGGCUGGAACGGUCCGGGAGGAUUUGGCAUGAGUAUGGGAGGUGAUGGUUACGGAGCCAUGGGUGGCAUGAUGCCCCUUGGACCUCCCCAGCCCCCGCCCGUCAACCCAGAUGUGCCCGCCAAUGCGCCCAAGGGUCCCAAGGCCAUGCUAAGAGGACUUCCCAACACCAGUAUCAAACAUCUCCAAGCUAGAGGCUGGGUAGAUAAUGAGAACAAGGCGCAAACACCAAACUCCUUUGGUCACGGCGGCCCUGGUUCGUCCCAUCAUGGAUCGCGGUUUGCCAGUCCUUCCGCGACCGCCGACCGAGGCCGGUCUAGGUCCCGAGAUAGGGAUGAUGACUACCACGGCGGAAGAGAUGACAGGGAUAGGGACUACUACCACCGUGAGCGUUCAGAUAGGGACAGAGAGCGUGAGCGCCGAGAUCGUCGUGAACGAUCAUAUUCCCCCGGUGCCGAUGAGCGCAAGGAACACCGUGACCGACGCAGAGAAAGACGUCAGCGCUCCGCUAGUCCCGGUGGCGCUGACGCCGCUCAUGGCGCCGAAGGAACCAACAACGAUGGCGACGAUCAACAACAUGGCCACUCCAGCAGCAGCAGGAGACACAGGAGGAAGCACACCUCCACUACCGUAGCGGACGAAGAAGGCGGCAACCAGGAACGUUCCCGGUCCGCAUCCCCUCCCGCCUCCGGUGUCGCCGGCGAAGAGUCAUCCCGCCGGUCCCACCGCAGCAGCCGUAAGGAGCGUGACUCGGAGAAGCGCCGCGACCGUUCAGACCGCGAUAGGGAGCGCGACAGAGAGCGUGAGUCCCGUUCCGACCGCAAGGAGCGCAAGGAAGGCCACAGCAGCAGCAGCCGUCGCGACCGUGACCGUUCCGACCGGGACAACAGAGACAGCGGAGGUCGCAGCCACCGUGACGAUCGUGACCGGGAUCGCGGCGACCGGGACCGAGACCGCGACCGCGACCGUUCCGACCGCAAAGACCGUAAGGAAGGAAGCGGUCACGGCAGCAGCAGCCGUCGCGAUCGUGACCGUGGCGAUCGAGGAGACCGUGACAGAGAUAGAGACCGCAGUCACAGAGAUGAGCGUGAUCGUGAUCGCGACCGGGAUAGGGAGAGAGAUAGGGAUCGCUCGGAUAGACACCGCUCGUCCAAGAAGUCUUCUUCUUCCAACAACCACGAUGCCGAUGCUGCGGACGCCCACCUCGACCGACGCUCCUCCCUUGCUUCUAACAAUGCCGCCGCUGGCCCAGGACCAGCAGCCAACGGCUCUCUAGACCCGCAUGCCGCCGAGCGUGCUGCUCGUGAUCGCGAGCGUCUGCUUAAGGAGACGAGACGGAUGGCUAGUCUUGCGUCGAGCUUUAGUCUGGCAGGUAGCAAGCGAAGUCGGGAAAGCCGAGGCGGCGGCGGCGGCGACAAGGACGAAGAGCGGGAGUCGAAGAGCAGAAGAAAAGAAAGUGGAAGGACGGCUAGGGGAAGAGGAGAAGUAGUCGCCAUCUCAAUGGAGGAUGAAGAGGAGAGGAUGAGAAGGCUGGAGGCGGAAAGGGAGGCGGCGAGGUAUGAUGAUUAGAAGUCUACUGGGCCGUCUUUGCGAGAGGAGCAACAGGGGGGGUCAGGGAGGUCAGG